AAAUUAUUAAUCCAGAAACAAGUGUAGAAAAUCAAGAUGGUGAACACAAAAACCUUUGCUUCAAUCUUCAUCCUCAGCCUUUUGAUGACAAUUUGUCUAGCCCAACAGGGUAACAAUAACAACAACCCUCCACCACGUCCCCCAAUUGGAGGACAAGGACAACAAGGCGGACAAGGUGGACAACAAGGUGGGCAACAAGGUGGGCAACAAGGUGGGCAACAAGGAGGACAACAAGGGGGACAAAAUGGAUUAAGUGCACAACAAGGUCAAAGGGGAUGAUUUUUUAGUUUGUUUCAACUAGAAUGUUUAGUACUGAAUAAAGCAUUUUAAUA